AAGACGAGGGAAUGGAAUCCGGCGACCUUUUUUAUUGCUAUUUUCCUGUUGAUUGGUUCCAUGUCGAUUCAAAUGAUUGCUCUACGGAACUCGUUUGAUCGGUACAUGCGACAGUCGGAGGCUAGGAUUAUGGCACUACGGGACGUUGUGGAAAAGAUCCAGAGGGGUGAGCCGGUGGACGUUGAGAAGGCACUUGGUACUGGCGACCCUAAGAAGGAAGCCGAUUGGGAAGAG